AUAUACUUUCAGCGAUGGAACUCACAAUGGAAAAUCUUGGCAACCUCCACGGUGUCUCGCACUCACAGGCGGGGGACCUGAUGAGCUCCUCACACGCUCGGCAGUCCUCCGCCCAUUCACACCGUAACCUAGUUUCUCACGCGCACGGUCGGUCGGCGAUGGUGUCCAGCAUGGCCUCCAUCCUGGAUAGUACCGGAGAUUACCGGACAGACGCCUCAGCGCUAUCCGGCCAUCUUCACCCAGCCAUGAGCAUGUGCGAGUCCGGGAUGAGCUUAAGCAACACCUACACCACCCUGACACCUCUCCAGCACCUACCUCCCAUAUCCACGGUCUCCGACAAGUUUCACCACCCACACCCGCACUCCCACCACCACGCAGCCGCCCACCAACGACUCUCCGCCGGGAACGUCAGCGGGAGUUUUACGCUGAUGAGAGAUGAUCAUCGCGGUUUGGCGUCGAUGGGCAACCUAUAUGGCCACUAUCCGAAAGAUAUGUCCGGCAUGGGCCAUGGGUCCCUAUCCCCGCUGUCCAACGGCCUCGGGUCUUUGCACAACUCCCAGCAGACGCUCUCAGCCUACGGCCCAAGUGCUCACCUCUCUAACGAUGCCAAGAUGCUCUCCCCGGUGACAGGCUUCGAGUCCCACGCAACUAUGCUGUCCAGGAGUGAAGAGCACCUUGCCAGGAGUUUAGGUGGCCAUGGGCACGGCAUGAUCUCCAACCUUAACGGGAUGCACCAUCCACAUAGCCACCUCCACUCCCAGGCCAAUGGGGCAGCGAUGCUGGUAGAGCGGGAGAGGCACGGCGCUGGGUCCGGCCAGGGAGGAGGGUCGGGUGGACAGGCAGAGGAGAUCAACACAAAGGAGGUGGCUCAGCGGAUAACGGCAGAACUGAAGCGCUACUCCAUUCCCCAAGCCAUUUUCGCCCAGAGGAUCCUAUGUCGAUCCCAAGGAACCCUCUCCGAUCUUCUGCGGAACCCCAAGCCGUGGAGUAAACUCAAGUCCGGCAGGGAGACGUUCAGGAGGAUGUGGAAGUGGCUCCAGGAGCCUGAGUUUCAGCGGAUGUCUGCUCUUCGGUUGGCGGCCUGUAAACGUAAGGAGCAGGACCAGGGACGUGAGAGGAACCUGGUCCCAAAGAAACAGCGCCUGGUGUUCACCGACCUGCAGCGCCGCACGCUGGCGGCCAUCUUUAGGGAGAACCGCAGGCCCUCCAAGGAGAUGCAGAUCACCAUCAGCCAGCAGCUGGGCCUGGAGCUCUCCACGGUCUCCAACUUCUUCAUGAACGCCCGUCGACGUUGCCAUGACCGCUGGGGGUCUGCCGGGGGGGCCGAGGGGAACAUCCACGGGCACAUGCACGGGAACGGGAGCAACAACAACAACAACGGCGGGUCAUCCCCUGCACAACCGGGCACCUCCUCUGCUGCCACCUUCUCCAAGGCCUGAGAGGGAAGGAGGUGGGAGAGGAUGGAGGGGGGUUGUGUCUGAAGCAGUGGUCCUCCACCCUGGUCAUGGAGGGCCAUAGUAGUGUAUGCAGGCUUCUGUUCCACAACUAACACACCUGACUCAACUCCUGGUCUUCAAGAAUAGUUGAUGAGUUGAAUCAGGUGGGUAUGACCCUUGGUCUGAAAUCGUUUUGUGCUGAAUUUCACAUUAUCAGAAACCAAAGAGAAACCAACAGACAAUUUAGUUUUAGCAAUUCUGUCGGUAAACCAAAAACAAAACAACAAUCAGGGGAAAGUCUGAGGGUUGAUGCGUUGUGAGCCUAAAAUAGCUAAGAUUAGUCAGGCAAGUGUUUGACUAAUGGGCAAAGCAAAUACACCAAAGACAACCUACGGCAAUAGACCUGACUGCACAGCACCAGUGGACAUGUGUUAAACAGGCAACCAAAAGACAUGUCCUCGCUACUUCUUCUCAGUCAGAUACACACACCUUUUACAGUGUGUUUGUUUGUAUGUAGGUUAUAUAUUUGUGUGUGUCUGUAUGUUUUUGUGUGUGUGUGUGUGUUCAAUGCAUUUAGUGUGUUACAGUCCAGGCGUGUGAAGUCUCUAGUUUCUGCUAUUUAAGUGCAACAGUACCACCUGCUGGUCGUUCCCCCAUACUGCUGACACUCACUGCAGGUGGAGCUGUCUGACACCCUGGAUGCAGACAUCUCAACAGUGUCAUAUAAUGCAGAUGCAGGCAUUCUUUUUAGAAAACUAGUUUUUAAUAUACAUUUCCUUGACAGAGUCGGCUACAUUUACCAUAGCCUACCUGCUCUUGAAUUUGACAUUCUGAACCAUCAAAUACUGUUUGCCUAACACGACCACCCAGCAGUUAGAAUCAACAGUAAAACCUUUUUUUUUUAAUAUGUCUAAAUCCACGUCAGUUGUAAUUACUUUCAAUUGAAAAAUACACUUUUAGGCUUCAAAUAGGACAAACGCAUAACUACAUACAUUCUAGCAGUCACAAAAUGUCAGCCAUCGUACAUAAGGUUUGUUCGGAUGGUUGAGGAUCUAGCCAGGGUUGACCAGAUCCCUCAGGUUCUUCUUCAUCUGCGCUGGUGUAAAAGACAGAGAGGUGAAAGCCAAAAUGCCAGGAGGACAAUCAUUACACUGUUGUCUUCCACCUCCCUACCAUUUCACAUCAGCACAGGUCAUACUGAAGGGAGGAAGGGGGACACUGGAGCGCAUUCAGAUUAGACCCAUUAUGUGACAGAAACGGGCUGGUCUGAGGAUGCAUUGGAAUGAGUGGGUUGUACUGCUUCACCAAUGCGCAGAAUCUAGCAGUAGGUAUGGUUACUGUAUUGAAACAUGCACACACACACACACACAUGCACGAGGAUUCACACACAGCCCGAGCUAUUUUGGGAACCGAGGACAUGUCCAAAGACUAUCGUGAAUCAUCCAUAAUCAUAUAUUCACGUUGAUUUCACUGAGAUUUCAUCUUUUUUUAUGGCUGUUAACCAUGUAGCUACUGGAGGGUAUUUUCAGGUACCUAAGAGUAACAAUCAAAUGGGAAUAAUCUUGACCUUAUUGAGUGUUCUAUCGAAGUAACGGGAGGGGACUUCCCUGCUCUAGUGGCCAAAAAGAAGGGUCAAACGUCACAAUAUGAUUUGAGUGCCAAUGACGUUAACCCUUCUAUGAUAAUCAGAGAGAGCAGGGGGAGCUCCGUCCACUACCAUGUCCUCUAGCGGGGGCCAGUGCCAUAGCAACCAACAAAUCAUUCUAGACCCCCCCUUUUGUUCUAUGGGGUGAUGUGGCCAUUCCAUACAUCAAAUGAAUGGAUGCAUAGAUACGAUCAAUACUAACCAAAACCUACUGAAAAUGAACUGUAAAUAAACUCUGUCUUUCAAGCUUUAGGUGUCCCUUCCCCUCUCUUGCCCUCCUCUCCUCUUUCUUCUGUCUUUCUUCCUAUGAUAUUGAUGCGGGUAAAAAGUAGUACUCUAGACACAAAGUUAAUCUCUCUUGUGACUAUUGUGCUCUGUUGUGCUGAAACUACAUGUAAAGAAGCACUUUGUUUGACGAAACAUAAAAAGUAUUUAAAAAAAAAGAAGAAGAAAAAAAACUUGAAAAAGACUGAUCAUUCACUAAGGAAACAAAGGAAUACGAAUGAAUGACUGUGCAAAUUUGUGAAUACUUGCGUGAUGAAGUAGAUGGACUCCUAGCUGGACUUACCAAAGGAACUCUUUAUGACUGAACUUUUCACCCUGAACUCUGAACUUUUACCCCUGAACUGGACCGUCCCCUGCAUUCCUCUCUGCUGAAAGGCCAAUGAGAGGGCACUGUGUUGGGCGAAAGACGGGGUGACAAUGUCACUUCCACUUCAACCUUUGACCUCCUGUUUCCUGUUGGUGGACAUACUUUAAAAGGCAGGAACCAGGAAGAUAAAUAUUUUUUUCGGGAAACCUUUUCCCUCCACUUGUGUAGCAUCUUCUAGCGGGCGAUAAUCAUAUUUAAGGUGGAGAUGCGGACAGCGACCAUGGGGGGUGUAGAGGGCUCUCACUUAGAGGCAGGGCAGAGACCGGGGCAUCCACGGAGCAGUUUGGAGGUUCAUAGCGUGGAUGUUAAAGUGCUGCGUUCAAAUCCCAAGUGAAGCAGACGUCAUAGAGACACAUUGUGGCUACCUCACAGAAUAGAGUGGACUGUGACACAGCCACCAAUACCAAAGAUACUUCAGCUGCCUGUCUGACCCUGGAGCCAGGACACAAUCCUAACUCACAAACACACGUUGUCUCUAGGUGUGUAAAUGAAUGCACACACACAUACACUGAGUAAACGCACACGCACACACACAGUACAUUCUAAAUGGGCACACAGAGCAGCUGCGCUGCAGAUGGACCACAGGGAGGUGGUUGCUAUGCAGAAAGAGUGGAGUGCCUUUUUCCUUCAAAUCCGUGUUGGCCUGCUCUGAACACACACACGCACAAACAGUCAUGCACAGAAGAAUACGUGCAUUUAUACACACGUUAUUUACAUACAGAGGCAAGCAUGCAUGCACGCCAAUGCGCGCACACACACACACACCCACACACACACACACACACA